AUGCCUGGUCUCAUAAAUGACCAUAAAAACAUCUAUGGAAAUGCACCAGUGCCCCCGCCCUCCAGGACUCCAAGGUGGAGAAAUCCCAGGCAGACUGCUUUCAACAGUCAGGGAGCAUUCUCUGCAAGAUAUUCUCAGCAAGCUCCAAGGGAUUUCCAAUCACAUCAAGGUAACUCUUGGAGGAAAAAGUACUCACUUGUAAACAGACCGCCUGCACCAACACAUCAUCCUGGAAGCAGUGCAUCUGCCAAUGCACUUCAGGCUUUUGUGAGCCAAAGGAAUAGCCAGCCUGCGGGGUCACAGGGAACAGGCUCGGAAAGGCAAGUGGGCUUAGCAACAGGUGAUACAGUCAUAGGAGUCAAACUGCCACAGAAGACUAGCUCAGCCUUGGACAAUAGAAAUAUUAGUGAGUUGGGAUCCCAGCAGGGUUCCUCUGGGAUGAAAGCAGCCAUGGCUGCUCCAAAAGGAAAUGAAAAGGUUCAUGAAAGUUCUAGCUUUCAAAGUGUUGCUCAAAAAGAGGGCAAAGAAUCGUCUCUCUCUGUCUCCCAGAGUUCAUUGGACCAGCCUGCUGUUGCUGGAGGCAGAGAUGACGUAAGCCCAGCAUGUGCGAAGGAACCGGGCAAACUUCGGACUGUGAAACUGGCUAAAAGUGCUCCUGAGUUACGUGACGUUAUCAGUGAAAGUGCCAUAGCAUUAAAAUCCAAGCCUCAACAGCCUUCAGCUCUGCCUGAUGGAGAAUCAGGCUGGCUGGUAGCCUGGAAGAAGCGAGUAGCACAGGUUCCAGCUCACAGUUCAGAGCAAGUCACGGCAGGAAGAGAUACUUUGAAGGAGCCAAAGACCCUUGGAAAAUCUGAGGCACACACAAACUCAGUUCAGGCUGUGACUUCAGAGGUUGGGAUAAACCCAGUGAAGAACCAGUUUGCAAUACCACACAAGCUGUCCAGUUUCCAAAGAGCUGCCUCAACGCCAGUCUCCAGUAAAGCUUCUAAGUUCAGGAAAACCAACUAUACAUGGAUAGCAAAUCCUAGUAAAUGCCCCCGUGCUGUAAAGAAAUGGACCAGCCCUAGAGCUUCUGAAAGCACUAGGAAGCUUUCUGUGGGAGCAGAGAGAACUGCUAAACCACUGCCAAAGGGGGACUUUGGAGCAAAGCAGAAGAAAUCCGGAGUGCAUUUGAAGCUGGAUGCCUCUCCUAGUAAAUACAAAUGGAAAGCAUCCAGCCUACAGCCACCUUCUUCAACUUCCAAGUCAGUGUUCAGGUGGCAGUCUGAGGGACGAAAGGAGGCUGGAGUCUCCCAGGCUUCCAGAGCCAACUUUGGCCUUCAGACUCUAAGCAAUGCAUCCAUCGAUCAUGAUGGGUUGAAGUCCUCUUUCAACGAUGCAGCGCUUUCCACUUAUAAAGUGAAGAGCCGGACCAAAAUCAUCAGGAGAAAGGGGAGUUGCUGUUCCCCAACAGAUAAGAACAACAACUCCUUUCCCACAAUGCCCCUGAAAAGCCACUACUCUCUCAGGAAAAGAAACUCCCUGCGGGGAAGACCUGCACCACUGAAGAGAAUCCUGCCCAAGGAGCUGGUGCAGAUCACCAAGCACAGACUAUGCCGACUGCCAGCCUCUAGAAUGCACAUCCCAGCCAAAGAAGGGUCCAGCUUGCACCUUGUAAGGAGCCCUGUGGCUAAUAAAGUAGUACAGACUCGCUAUAGGAUAGUCAAGAAGACUGUGGCUUCCCCUUCAAGUUCGUCGUCAUUCUUCAGCAUACCUGUUCCCAGCUGGAAGACAAGGCGACUUGUGACAUCUAGGUCUCUGGUAUUAAACCAAAUGCGCCAGUCACCCCUAGGUGGCAAAUCCCAGCAGCUGCAGCCAAGAUGGAGGAACAAAGGCUUUUGCUGUAUAGGAGGCGUGAUGUACACAGUGUCAGCCAAUAAGCUCUCCAAAACCUCCAGCUCCCCAGUCAGGGGUGGCGACCUGAGUAACAAGCUCCACAGUAGAACAGCAAGGUUGGAUUGUACAGCCGGCAGCCUCGGUUAUUCUCCUCCCAGCUGUCUGCACAGAUCAGCUACAAGCCGAUACAUUGCAAGCCGAGCUGUUCAGCGGAGUUUAGCCAUCAUUCGUCAGGCCAAGCAGAAGAAAGUGAAGAAGGAGUAUUGUAUGUACUACAACCGCUUUGGCAAAUGUAACCGUGGGGAGAGCUGUCCCUACAUCCAUGAUCCGGAAAAAGUAGCUGUCUGCACCAGAUUUCUCCGUGGCACAUGCAAGAAGACUGAUGGGACAUGUUCAUUUUCACACAAAGUUUCUAAAGAUAAGAUGCCAGUGUGCUCAUACUUCCUGAAAGGAAUCUGCAACAACAGCGACUGCCCCUACAGCCACGUCUACGUGUCCAGGAAAGCUGAAGUGUGCCAGGAUUUCCUCAAAGGCUACUGCCCCCUGGGCGAAAAGUGCAAGAAGAAACACACACUGGUGUGCCCAGACUUUUCCAAGACCGGCAUCUGUCCAAAGGGCGCCCAGUGCAAACUCCAGCAUCCCCAGAGAAAGCAUCACCUCAGACAGCCCAGUACCGCAGGUGACUCCAACCAGGGCAGGUCAUCGCGGAAGUGGAAGAGGCUGGGAGAGGAGGCAGUGAGGAGGGAUGCAGCCAACCUCCAGGACGAUGGGGAGAUUCCCGGACCCUCCAGCGCAGAGCAAGGGGUAAAGUUUUGGAGUGACACAGACACCCCAGCAUGCAGCAGACUUCAGAAGCUCCCAUCUUUCAUCUCUCUCCAGUCACCUACCUCUCCAAGUGCAGUGGCAUGCACAGCUGACAGAGACAAGACAGGGGAGGAUACAGGGAAGCCGCUGCAGAUCAAGCCCAGGCUGUGAGGUCAGCUCCCUGGAUUCAGCAUCUCUCCCGCCCACCUCAUGCACUGGUCCAUCCAACCAUCCAGCAGCCGAACGCCUCAGGAAACACAGCGGCCAGGCCGGGCCCGGCACCUACCUCAGGACAGCAAGACAGGAGGAGGCCUCCUCCUGAUUUGUGUUCCAUUUCGAUACGUUCAUUUGACCCUGAACCUGGUAACAGUAAAUGUCCCAGAUUCCCCCAGCCCCGUCUUACAGGGAGGCAGCUUUGUAAGCAUUUUAAUUUUGGAAUAAAUUAUCUUUUAAUCUGG